CUUGAUCAAUAAAUUGUUAUGCAUUCAAGUAACUUUGUGAUAGUAUCAAGACAUUAACUCUAUUGAUUGCUAUGGUUGCAGACAUGUUUACAGAAAAAGAGUUAGAAAACUUCAUGGGUGUGUUAAAGAGAGGAUCGGACUAUGUCGAGAUCGAAUGUGGCUGUACUGUUACCAAAUUUGGUGACACAAAUGGAAAGCUCAGAAUUUUCCCAGACGGGAGGCUUGAAAUUGAUUGUCAAUGCUAUCGUGGUUGCCCACAAGUGAAAUUAUCACCAAUUGAGUUUGCAAAACAUGCUGGGAGGAAGACGGCAAUUCAGAAUUGGAAAAGCCAAAUUUGGGUAAAUAAUAAGGAAGGGCGAAGAGAAAAAUUGUGGAAGACAUGUUUGUUGAAGUAUCACACCGAUACAUUCCGUAGGCCUCUUCGUGGCCAAAUCAUACAUCGUGAUGAGUUCAUUUGCUGCACUAAUUGUAACAAAGAACGUCGAUUUCUUCUACGGACUAAAGAAGAAUGCAGGAUUUAUCAUGAUGCUGUUGCUAACAAGGAUUGGAAAUGCUCUGAUAUGCCUCACAAAAGAAUGAGUUGCAAUGAUGCUGAAGAAAGAGAAAGUAGAAAAGCAUGCAGGGCUUGUCCCAGAACUGCUAAAUGCAAUGGUUGCGUGAGGUGUGUUUGCUUUGGUUGUAGCAUGUGCAAAUUCGAGGACUGCAAUUGCCGUGCAUGUGUUGACUUUCUUAAGAACAUUUGAUGUUAGACGACUACCUGCUCUUUUGCUUGUAUACAACGUCUCAUAGUGUGGAUUCAUAUAGCCGAUUCAAGUUGUUUGAGAUUGAGGCGUUGUAUACAACAUUACCUUUUAAGAUUUUAUAGAUUUUAUGAUUUUUAUGA